UUGCAUAUAAAUAAACCCUCGUUUCGCCUCCCUUCUUAACCCACCACCACCACCGCUUUAACCCAAAUGCGCCUCUAGUGUCGUUUUUCCAGCCGUUUCUUGCCUCUGGGUCUCUCUGUUUCUACCCCUGAAGCGUUGUGGCCAUGCGUUCUCGGGCUCUAGCUCGCUGAGCCGAGAGGGGUCGUCGCGGGUUUCCUCGUUCUGUCGCUUUGUUUUCUCUUUUCGGGGGGGGGGGGGGAGGGGAAGACAUGGAGAUGCCGAGGUUCUUCGUGAGCGGAGGAGGGAUCAAGCUGCCGAUCGGGUUCAGGUUCCGGCCCACGGACGAGGAGCUGCUGGUCCAUUACCUGAAGCGAAAGGUCCAGGCCGUCCCGUUGCCCGCCUCCGUGAUUCCGGAGCUCGAUGUGUUCGGGACCGAUCCCUGGGGCUUGCCAGGCAAUUUGAGGGAGAGGAGGUACUUCUUCAGCAGAAGAAAUAGGAGUUCCAGUGGCCAUGAAUGCGUAAGAGUCGCAGCUGGUUUUGGCUAUUGGAAGUACAAGGCCAACAGCAAGCAAAUCUCAGCUUCUGAUGGCACUGGAAACCAAGUCACUGGGACGAGGAAGACUCUGGUUUUCUGUGAAGGGAGGCAUUCCACUUCCAAUGUCGCCGGCACCCGAUGGAUCCUGCACGAAUUUAGCCUCGCGGGCACUCGCGAAAACUCGAAAUUGACCACGACGGCUCAUGUGGGAGAUGAAAAUUGGGCGGUCUAUCGGCUGUUCCAGAAGAAAUUGAGGCCCAGGAGAAAUGGCAAUGGCAAUGGCAAUCUUUCUCAUCCCAAGAGGAAGAAGAGAAGUUCAGUGAUUGAUCUUCAGAGUGAAGCCAUAGCUGGUGAUUCACUAGGCACUCCUCCUCCAUCAUCUCCAUGUUCGAGCUCAAUCACCGACAACGCCUCUUCUUGCAACAUGUUGGAUCAGGAGGACAUUAGCAGUUCUUUUCUCUAGUUUUUCAUCUGAUCGGAUUUCAGAUGCAGUGAAAUCGGCCUCUCCUUUUCCCGAAUCAUUAGACCUUCCUCGCACAGCGAAAUUACAAAUUGCCAGCCCAAAAGGGAUGGGAAAAGAAGUGCAUUUUCACAUUUCAAUUGGAGAAUUUUCUUGCUUUGGCUUUUGCAA